AUGUACACAGAAGUAAAGGAGCUCGUCAAUUUUGUAUGCCGAUACAUGUUUGGAAGAGUUCCGCGAAGAGCAACCGGAAUUUUCGCGGCUGAGCUUGGAAACUGCCUCGUUGCGCAGUUCUCCUCCUCUUGGGAUAUCAAGAAUCCUAGAAAUGGUCAAAUGGAGAGAAUGAUUUUCAUCAAGUGUGGAGCAGACGGAUCUUCGAAAUGCUUCGAAGGUUGUGCUGCCGAAUCGGGGCUUCGAGCCGACGAAGUUCUUGAAAACAUGCCAACUCAGCUGCGCAUCUUUGCCAAUCCAGGACUUCUCUUCUAUCGUGCUACCGAGAAUGGAGUCGAUGUUCCAAUCUGGAAAGGAGACGUGAAUACUGAUUCACACUAUCAGCCAAUUCCAGAACACAUCGUGAGAAUUGCUUCUCGCAAAGCUGACUCCUGCAGCAACCUCGGUGGAGCAGGAAAACCAGUUCUGUUGAAUAAAAAGUUUCCAAUCGACGACUUGGCUGUGCUCGAACUGGUCAACAACAUGUACAUUCCACUCGCGUUGGAGAAGUGCGAUGAGAUCAACUCGAACCUCUCCCACAUCCGCGAGAAGUACCCAUUUCUGUUCACGUUCAAGCCAACAUCCGCUCAGACAUACUCUGGAAUUGAGUUCUCGCAGACGCGCUUUGGAUCGAGCAAGUCUCGUCAAGAUCUGCAGACCAUGGUGGGCAUCAAACAGCUCGUCAACUCAAAUCAGAACAAUUCCUAUUCUGAUCAAAUCAUUGAUACGCCCAUCUAUUCCAAUUACUGA